UCCGCCAGAACCAGCACGACAGACAGCGUUUCUCACACACCGAAUACACGUGUGUUCAAGAAAACUCGUUAUAACGGCUCAUAAUGGAUUUUGUUGAGGUGCCGGUGUCUGACGAUGCGAGCUUUUCAAAAGGGAAAGCUAAAAAACAAAAGAAGCAAAAGGAAAGUGUAGAUAAAGCUGCUGAAAAUGCCGAGACUGAAGCAUUAGAUACUCCGUCAGGUUCCCUACCGCCUCCUUCCUUUAACUUAUCAGAAAUAAAAAAUAAACAGAGAAGACAACUCAUGUUCAUGAAGCUCAAACAGGAGAAACGGAAGCAAAAACUGGAAUUAAGAAAGAAAAGAAAGAAGGAGAGAGAAGCUCUUGGUGGUAAGGCACCACCCAAAGAAGUUCCAAAGACUAUUGAAAACCAGAGAAUAUAUGAUGAAACGACAGUAGACCCUGAGGAUGAGGAGGUAGCUUUUGAUGAAGGGACAGAUGAAUUCUGUGCUUACUUCAACAAACUUGUAAACCCUAAAGUUCUUAUCACCACAUCAGACAGACCACGAGGAAGAACUGUGCGAUUUUGUGAGCAGCUUGCAACAGUGAUACCGAAUGCACAUGUGUACUACAGAAGAGGUCUCGCUCUGAAGAAGAUCAUACCUCAGUGUAUAUCACGAGACUUCACCUACCUGAUAGUCAUCAACGAGGACCGGAAAGUGCCCAACGGCAUGGUUCUGUGUCACCUUCCUGAGGGACCUACGGCACAUUUUAAAGUCAGCAGUGUGCGACUCCGUAAAGAGAUGAAGAGGAAAGGAAAAGAGCCAACAGAUCACCAUCCAGAGGUCAUCCUUAAUAAUUUCACUACCAGACUGGGUCACUCCAUUGGCCGCUUGUUUGCUGCAUUAUUCCCGCAGGAUCCACAGUUUGUUGGUCGACAGGUUGCCACCUUACACAACCAGCGAGACUUUAUUUUUUUUAGGUUCCACAGAUACAUCUUCAAGAAUGAAAAGAAAGUGGGCAUUCAGGAACUAGGACCAAGGUUUACUCUUAAACUGCGCUCUCUGCAGAAAGGGACUUUCAACUCCAAGUUCGGGGAGUAUGAAUGGGUUCAUAAGCGCCAUGAAAUGGAUACCAGCAGAAGGAAGUUCCAUCUGUAAAAUAAGAGCGGAGUGAUGGUACCUGCAUGCAGCACAAGGACUGUUAUCAUACAAAAAGAUCUGUAUGAAUUUAUACACUUCUGAUAAUCAGCUGAUCUGGAGAUUUCUAUCAAAUCAGCUUCAAAAUAAUGUUAGACUCGCAACUGUACAGUAAAUGUAUAUUAAAUCUCAUUUAUCUACAGUAGGCUAGUAUGUUGCAGGUGACUCUUACUUGUACCAAAAGUAAAGUAUUUUUUAAGUUGAAAUGUUGGGUUCCAGAAUUAAUAUUCAACUGAAAUAUGCUGACUGGUACAACAUUCUUCACAAAAUAUACAUUUUGGCAGAUUACAUUGAGCAAUUACUGUUUUGUUGCUGAAUGUAAUAUAUUUUAAAAUAAAAGAAUACCAAACUGGUC